AUGGUGAAUGAGGUUAAAAGUCAACUAAAUACAUUACGAUCUAAUCAUAACAAAAAACUUAAAAAGAUGAGAAAACGAGAUUCUGAUUUAUGGUCUACAAAAAUUAUCGAUAUUAAAGUAGAACGUUUACAAAAUCCACAAAUUAUUGUUGAUUUAUCCAGUGACAUUCAUAUUUUUAAUACUGAUAUCGAUAAUACACAACUGUAUCCUAUACUAGACACUGAAAGUGCUAUUAGUAAUAAUAUUUUACCAUCUACGGAAUUGUAUCCACAAUUGGUAGAUGGAGAUCUUACAACUAAUGUUAAAACAAUGACAAAUAUUUAUCCAACACUAAAUAAUACUGCAAAUUCUUUCGAAUCUCUAUUUGCUCAAAAAUCCGAAAUUGUAGUUUUAAAUGAAGAAAACAUUAGAGUUAUAUUUGAUUAUGAUAUUGUACAUCAUUUAUUAGAUAGAACUAAUACUCGUAAUGAUAUCAGAGUGGCUGAUUGUAUUCGUGUCAUUAAGCAGCAAUUGAUGCAAUGGAAAAUUGCUGAAGAGCGAAUUCAAUGGUCCGCAAUCCGUCAGUCAUUUAAUAAACGUCUCAGUACUAUUCAAUUCUCUGAUAGACCAUCAGAUAAUCAACAAAUUACCUUUUUAUUCAAACUCAAAGCAGCUGAGGUAAUUCGUCUUUUUAUGUAG